AUGAAGUUCCUGACCCUGCUUUUCCUGUUGUUGGUGGGCGCAGCCAGCGCUGAUGUCUCUCCCCGGGCCAUGUGGCUGUUCCGCAAGUUGAUCAAGUGCACCCUGCCAGACAGCCACCCGCUGCUGGACUUCAACGGCUACGGCUGCUACUGCGGCUUGGGAGGCAGCGGGACUCCAGUUGAUGAGCUCGACAGGUGCUGCCAGGUACACGAUAACUGCUACGGAGAGGCACAGAAAUUGGACUCAUGCAGAUUCCUCCUGGACAACCCCUACACCAAGUCCUACAAGUACAGCUGCUCCAGCGGGGAGAUUACAUGUAGCAGGCUCUGGAACCGAGGCAAGAACGACGAGUGCUCCGCGUUCAUCUGCAACUGCGACCGCACCGCUGCCAUGUGCUUCGCCAACACGCCCUACAACCCCGAACACAAGGAUCUGGAUAAAAAGAAAUACUGCCAAUAG